AUGGCGGCAAUGCAGCAACAGUUCGCCGCUGAGGCCGCCAAACGAGGGAUGACGCCCGAGGAAUUCGCUAGGAAGCAGCGUGAACAGCUGGCUGCUGACGCCGCCAAACUCGGUCUCUCACCUGAACAAUACGUGGCGCAGCUGCGCAUGCGAGCGAUGCAGCAGGCACAGCAGCAGCAACAAGCCCAGCGCCAGGGUCAAGCGUCACCACAGCCAGGAGCCCAACAGGGCCAGCCGCCUGCUCCGCAACAGCAGCAACCACAGCAGCCUCAGCAACACCAGGUGCCCGUCAAUGCAGGCCAGCCGCCGGAUCCCAAGGCACUGGCCGUCGCCCACUUCCUGAAGUCGCAGAACCUCAAGCCGCGGACGUGUAUUCUGGAUGGACAGCGGAAGGACAUGAUCAAGGUCAAGCGAGCCAUCCGCGCAAUUGAAUCCCCCGCCUACACCAAAGCCGCAGCCAAGAAGAACUCCCUGCUUCCGCCCGUGACAGACCGCGCCUCCGCCGAGAACGUGUUCAAGCUUCUGCCGAUGUCCCUGCUAGCACUGCGAGUGAGCAAGAUUGACCCGCACGAGGGCCACAACCACGCCAAGCCCAAGAACCGAACCAAGGGCCUCUGGACUGUGAAGAUCGAGCAGCACCAGGAGACCGACCCUAUGAUGCACUAUGUCUGGCUGUAUGAGGGUCCGCAGUGGAAACAAAAGGCCAUGGCGGCCGCUGUUGUUGCGGGUAUCUUUGCCGUCGUGCUCUUCCCCCUGUGGCCUAUCAUGCUCCGUCAGGGCGUAUGGUAUCUGAGUGUGGGCAUGAUGGGCCUGCUCGGCUUGUUCUUCGCCAUGGCUAUCUUCCGUCUAAUUCUGUUCUGCAUCACCGUUUUCGCGGUGCCGCCUGGUCUCUGGCUGUUCCCCAAUCUGUUCGAGGAUGUCGGAUUCUUCGACAGCUUCAAGCCCCUGUGGGGCUGGCAAGAGAGCAAGAAGAGUAAAAAGAGUAAGAAAUCCAAGUCAUCGAUCUCCGCUGCCCCAGCCACUGACGCAGCUCCCUCGGCCACAACCACGUCGGCGGAUACUGCGUCUGCUUCGGCUUCAGCAGCGGUGAGACGUGAUCUUAGCGCUCGGGUGGAGGAGGUGGAAGAGUAG